GUCCAUGUUAUUGUACUGAUCUCUCUCGAUCGGUCCAUUUCCUCUGUGUGGUCCUCCUCUUUAUAUCUCUAGACUCUCUUUUAACUUUCUACAUGUCUUCAUAGCUUAUAUCCGACUUUAGUCUUUCUUCUUUUUCUUCUUCUUACUCUGUUGCUUCUUCUUGUUAAGCCUACUACCUUUCGUUUCAGGAAAACUUGUUUCUAUUGUCUCUUUUUGGAUAUAUAUUUCGAUCUCCAGCCAUAUUAUAUUUUUCAGGCUCGUACUUUGAAACAAACACAGCGACGAUGUCUAGCAGAAGGUCGAGGCAGUCGGGGACUUCGAGGAUCACGGAUGACCAAAUCAUCGAGCUCGUUUCCAAGUUACGCCAAUUUGUUCCUGAGAUUCGCAAUAGGCGCUCUGACAAGGUACCUGCGUCUAAGGUUCUACAAGAGACCUGCAACUACAUCAGAAGCUUGCACAGAGAGGUGGAUGACCUGAGCCAGCGACUGUCCCAGCUUUUGGCUACAAUUGAUGCUGACAGCGAGGAGGCUUCGAUAAUAAGGAGUUUAAUUGCGCAAUGAAAACUCAUUUCCUAUGCUAUAUAUAUUAUAUAUAUAUAUAUAUAUAUAUAUAUAUAUAUAUAGUUGUGCUUUUAUCUAGGUUUUGGUCACUAGAUCUAACAGUGCAUGGCUAGUGUAUUUCAGAUUUCCAGCGUGAAUAGAUCACGCUGUAAUUAGUCGUAUAUUAAUAAAAGGACUUGCACUAGCUAGCAUUGCAUGCAUGCCUCUUUUACAUGCAA